AUGGCUCAACAAAAGGGUAAAAAACAGCCUGACCGAGGGGACAAAUCUGGAUUUUUCAUGGUGGGAUCAGCACAAAACAAAACCCUGGGCCUACAAGAGGCAGACCAAGAUGGCGGCGGGGACGAUACUCUCCCCCUGCAAAACUCGCCAAACCCAGGCAAUCUCCCAGUCAUCCAAGAAAUCUUGAGAGCCUGCCUGGAGGAAAUGUCACACAUACAAUCCUCAGUAGCCACGCUAAGUAAAGACAUACAAGAGCUAGGGGAAAGGACGGCCCACGUGGAACACCGCAAGGGCGAAUAUGCUGAUGCUCAUAAUGACCUAGCAGACCACGUCCAAGCCCUAGAAAAACAGCUCAUCUCAGCAGAAUUGAAUAUCUCCAACCUAGAGGACAGAUCAAGACGGCAGAAUCUGCGGUUAAAAGUUAUACCAGAAUCAGUAUUACAGACAGACAUACCCAAAUUUCUAACCGGGUACUUCAAAUGCCUCCUACCUGACAUGCCAACAGAUAUGAUCCUAUUAGACCGGGCUCACCGCAUAGCCAUGCCUAAAUUCCUACCAGCGGACGCAGUAAGAGACACGCUGACCCACCUUCACUGCUAUCACGUGAAGGAGGCUAUUAAAAAAGCCGCAAGAAACCGUGUUAAUCUACCUCCACAAUAUGACAAGCUGCAAAUAUUCACAGAUCUAUCAGCAGCUACUCUGCAGAGGAGGGAGUUUAAAGAGACCACAGACACCAUACGAGAUCCCUUAUAG